AUGAUCCGUUGGAGCGUAGAUGAAGGUCCAGAAUAUCGCGUGCGCGACUCUCCCGCGACGGCACAACGUGCGGCCCACAAUCGCAGAGAGUCUACUGCAACAGAGAAAAUCACGACGGCGCAUGCUGCAUUUGAGGUUGCAGCCACCGCUUUGUCUGCCAGUCUGGGCUCUGGUGGUGUGGAUGUUUGUUUUGUUGUGCCUGAACCCGACUGGACGGCCGACUGCCCCGUUCCUUGUAGCGACCCGCAAAACGGCGCGAGCCCACGUUGCGACGGCGAUGACUGGGUUCCUGGGAGACAGGGCUGCAGCUGCUCACAGGUUGUUGAUGUAAGACGUGAAGGAAAUAGCUCACCCGCAUACGGGCUGCAGCGGGCAAGCGUGGUGGGCAAUGCAAGCUGUGCGCGUCACAAUUCGCGGUACGCGCAAACUUUCAGUAAAGGUUGGCAGAGGCUCGCAGCGCCAACGGUCGCCGCCACCACGGCUUCACCCACAUGGGCGCAAAACGAGGACGGGGCGUCGUUGCUUCACACGCACGCAAACUCUGAUGCGACCGAGCAGAAAGGUUUGCCGAGCGCUUCGCUGUCUUGCGGACGUGUUCUGGAAUACGCAGCGUCUCCACUCGUCUCGCGGCGAGCAGAAGACGACGCCUAG